AUGCCGGUUAUAAUCAGUAUCCCUCAAUCUGAAUCCAGCACUGCUCAAUUCAUCCAUCUCAUCACUCUGGUGUACAUUGGGGGACCGGUCAUGGUUGUGGGAGUCGUAUUGAGUUUGCUGACACUCUUCCUCUUCUGGUACGACUCGCACACAUUCAUCAGCACGCGUUUCACCCUUUCGGCAAUCGCCAUAGUCGACGUCGGCUACCUUGCUUUCAUGUUCGCCUUUUGGACAGUCAGAAGGGCCUUUCCAAGCGAUCACCCCACAACCAUUGCCCUGACCCAUCCCACCACCUACGCCAUUCUUUUCUACGGAGCCAAUGUAUUCGAGCUCUACCGGAAUUGGCUUCUCUUGGUAAUGACUAUCGAACGAUUCGUGUUUUUUUACAAACCAGUCAAGUUCAAGAUAAUUUGGAACCUGACACGAGUCCGCAUCAUCGUUAUUUGUGUCGGGCUGGCCUCAAUGUUUCUUCGCAUUCCCGUCAUUAUCUACGUGGUGGCGUCGAAAAAUGAGCCCGAAGACUGUGAGGUUGCAAAAAUCGCCAAAAUGACCCACAUACUCACUGACAUGCUGGCUCUCACCUCCCUCCCCCUAAUUUUAAUGCUUUUUUUCUCCUUCCUGACUACCAAAACUGUCAUGCAGGUGAUGCACAGCGAUUUCAGUGACUUGGAGAAGGAAAUUGCCAUUGUGAACGCGAGGACGUCGGCACGAAUCCUCAAGAUUUUGAGGACUACGCUGUCCGUCUUCAUCAUCACCUCAGCCCCGGCCAUUCCGGCCACCUUUCUGAAUGUGUACCUCGUUUUUAAGGACAUUAACGGGACCAGACUGAACGUCGCCUCGGCUGCACUCAACAGCGUGGCAAAUCUGGCCUCGGUCGUCAGCUCCAGUUCCAACUUCUUCGUCUACAUCUUCCAGAGCAGGCGGUAUCGGGGUAUCUUUAAAAAGUGUCUGCAGGGAAGAAGCUGCAGGUUAGGACAGAGCGCAUUGUCAUCGGGUGGGGGUUUGGACUUUCACUAA